AUGAAUACAGGGAAGGUGUUGGAACCAUCCUUGGUAAAGGAUCUAUCCAACCACAUAUAUGAAAAGAGAAAGGCCACUGCGUUUCAAAUUGAGUCGUUGACAAAAAAUGCUUUAGGACACAACGACAGUCAAACAAUAUAUAAGAUAAUCAACGAACUCACAGAGUUAACAAGCACGGGCACAAAUCUGGCCAAAAUGGGGGCAAUAACUGCUCUUGGAAGUGUGUCUGUUGCUCUUGGGUCUUUUGCCAUUGCGUACUUUUUAGAGGAUAUCGUCAAACCCAUCUUUUCAACAUUCAAGGACACUGACGCACGCGUCAGAUACUAUGCUUGUGAAUCAUUGUACAAUGUUGCCAAAAUAGCCAGGGGAGAGAUAUUAAUUUAUUUCAAUGACAUUUUUGAUAUAUUGUGUAUCUUGGUUAGCGAUUCAGAAAGCAGUGUCAAGAAUGCUGCUGACAUCCUAGAUCGAUUGGUUAAGGAUAUCGUAAGUGCUAAGGCAACCAAUUAUGUUAGCAUAUUGCAGCAGCAGCAGGAGUCGCAAAUACGAAGCAAUUUGGUUGAUGCUCAAGGUAACGCCAUUCAAGUGAACGAGCCACAAGACCCAAGCAAGGCGUUUUCGUUGCCGAAAUUCAUCCCCACUUUACUAGAGAGAAUGUAUACAACAGACCCGUUUACCAAGAAAUUCUUACUAAGCUGGUUGGAAUUGUUUGACGAUAUUCCAUCGUUGGAGUUAAUUAGAUUUUUACCGGAAUUCUUGAAACCGUUGAUUCAGUUUUUGUUUAAUAACUCGCCCACAGAUAUCCGUUCGGAAACAGAGAACAUGUUGAACGUGUUUCUAGAGGAGAUCAAGUAUAUAACCAAGAUAAAGAUUGAUGCGAGAAAGAAGGAGCUGGCUAGUAAGAAAAUCAAACAGGGAGAGCUAGAUGGGAAUGCCAAAAAGGGCAAACAAGACCAUGGCUCUCCUAGCUUGAAGUUGCACGAUACCGAAUCUGCCAUCGAUGAAGAUAGUGGAGCCGAUGAUGAAGCGUCCAUAAAAUCCGAUGAUACCACGAUUGUGAGAAGGCCACCAAUCAGUGGACUUACUGCGAAGCCAACUGAGGGUCACAACAAAAUUGAUGCACCUGGUGGUGGUGGUGGUGGUGAUACUAAGGAGGAACACGAAGAAAACGAAGAAGUGACACCUGGACAGGAUAUUUUUAUUGAUUACGAGAAAAUCAUUUUGAUUUUGUUGUCGUUUCUCAAAUCUUCCGAUUCAGAAAGUAAUUUCAAAGAUUUGGGGAACGAACCCCAUGAGAUAUAUUGUCAGGUACAAUUUAUUGCUAUUAAAUGGCUACGUGAUAUAUUGGAAAUGGCCCCGUCAAGUAUCUUAAAGCAAUUUCCAGAAUGUGUUGGUGUUACUUUGAAAAAUAUCUCGAAAACCGACAAGGCACAAGAUUUUGAGUUAAGAGACUCGUUUCUUGAUUUCAAUUUGGCUAUGCAACUGUUUUUGUACAAGUUCAAUGAUGAUAGUUUAGACGAGCUCAACGAGACUCUCGGGUUAGACAGAGAAACCUAUACUGAGUUUAACGAAGUCAAGCUACCACUUACUUUAUCAGCCAUAGUUAAAGAGUAUUUGAACUCGGUAAGCGAACUAGCUAGAACCACAAGUUUAGAUUGGAUGAUAUUCAUAUAUGAGAGAAACCCCAAAGAGUUCAUGUCGCUUUUCCAAGUGGAAGCUAACAACUUUGAGUUGACCGACCUAUUGAAAUAUGACACUAGCAAUGAAGUGAUACUCAAGGUGUUGACUUUGAUGGCAAAAAUAUCUGAAGCAAACCAAAAAUUUUUCAAGAAUUUCAUUGUAAAAUUGGUUAAGAUAUUUGAAUUGGACGGCUCAGAAAAGGCCUUUAAAGUUGAAUUUAUAAUUCGGAAAUUGUGUGUUUCGCUAAACUCGGAAUUGAUUUUCACUGCUUUGUCAGAGGUGUUGAUCACUUUGAACGACUUGGAUUUCUUGAACACUAUGGUUGUUACCUUGAACAACAUAUUGCUAACUUCACAAGAGUUGUUGCCGUUCCGGAAGAAGUUAAAGGGCUUGGAUUCUAACAAGGUAGAGGAUUGGCAGCUAUUUUCGUCAUUAUUCCAGAGCUGGUGCCACAAUGCACCUAGUGCGAUAUCCCUAUGCUUAUUGACAUCGAAUUACGAGUUAUCAUUCUUGAUUAUUAAGAACUUGUCUGAAUUGGAGGUGACUUCGCAGUUAUUGAUUCAGUUAGAUGUUUUGGUCCAAUUGUUGGAGCUGCCGAUAUUUAUGAAAUUGAGAUUGAACCUAUUGGAGCCGGAAAAGCAUCCGUAUCUUUUCAAAACGUUGUACGGAUUGUUGAUGAUAUUGCCCCAAAGCAAUACGUUCAUGUCGUUGAGAAAUAGGUUGACGACAGUGAGUAACUACAAUAGUAAUUCCGGUCCGCAAUUUCAUUUAUCGACUCCAUUAACAACACCAACACCUGCUGCUGGAACUACGACAACUACCAUUCCAACUGCAAGCUCUACCAGCAGUCAGUCUAUUAAGAGGAAAAGAAUAUAUGAGAUGUUAGACAAAUUUAUUAAAAUCCAAAACUGUCAUGAGGAAUAUAACAACAGUAAUAAGAGAAUGAACAACCCAGUUGGUUAUAAUCUUGAGUCGGCUUCAGUUUUCCCGGUUAAUCUGCUUAAAUAG